AGAAGGUGAUUUAAAAAAAUAUUAUGUUAUUAUAUUCGUAAUUUUGUGAAAGUGAAAGUAACAACCACAUAGCAGAUUAAUUACGAGAUCGAUUUAAUGAAAAUGUAAGUAGGUACUUAUAACAAGAUGUAAAUCAAGUCACACACCGAAUAUUUGAAUUACUUUGGUACUAUUUGCCUGUGUUUGUAAUCGAGAUAUUCAUUUGUUCGACGCUGUUGUUCGUAAUUCAACAAAAAUGUUACGAAUGCGAUGUUUGAACAAAGUCCUGAGUUUGACAGUGAUACACUUUCACCCCGCCAGAGCGGCGCAAAACAUUACGAUCAAUGCCACCGCGGCUAGUACAAAUCGCGUCAGUCGAAGUCAAACGACCGGUUUUGCGAGUGUGUCCACGCCUUCAACGAAUAAGAGGAAAAUGGCUGAUAAACUAAAUGCAGAAGAGAGAACAAGCUUACUGAAUCCUCUCCUAGAGUCUGGGUGGAAAGUUCAAAGUGAUAGAGAUGCUAUCAUAAAGGAGUUUCAAUUCAAGGACUUCAAUCAGGCAUUUGGUUUUAUGACUAGAGUUGCAUUACUCGCUGAGAAAAUGGAUCACCAUCCAGAAUGGUUCAAUGUUUAUAAUAAAUUGCAGGUAACCCUGUCAUCUCAUGAUGUGAAUGGUCUUAGCAAGAGGGAUAUUAGAAUGGCAAAAUUCAUGGAUGAAAACUUCAAGUAACAACUAAAAUAAACUUGUAAUAUAUUAUGUCCAUCUCAUAUAUUGUCAUCUCAUAAUUUAUAUUGUGUAACCAAAAUAUUUUAUUAAUAAUGUUGAUGUGAUCUUAAUAAAGAUAUAAAUGUGUUUAUUCCAAAGUG